AUUGCUGAUUGUUAUUGCAUUGUUUAGGCUUGGCUGGAAGACACACGUUGUCGGCACCUGAAACUCCUGAAAGUAUCAAUUUUCUACAAUAUUUUUUUUCUAAGCUGCAGAUUUAAGGCUUGAAGAUGUCCCAAGUUGAAAAUAUGCGACAAAUGGUUGCAUCAAAACUGAAGGGGAUCGAGAGAUACAACCCUGAAAAUCUGGCUCUCUUGGAGCAGUACGUAGAUAUGCAGGCCCGUGAAAACACCUACGACCUGGAGGCUAACCUUGCCAUUCUAAAAUUGUACCAGCUGGACUCCACAAAGUACAACUUGGACAUCGUCUGCCAAAUUAUGUUAAAAGCCGUCACCAACUUCCCCCACACCGAUUUCGUACUCUGCAAAUGCCUUCUCACCGACAGAAAUCUGCAAGACCCCCAGAUCAGCAACAUCGUCUACUUGGCGGACAUUCUGGAGCGCUGCGACUUCCAGCAAUUCUGGACCAGAGUGAGCUCAAUGUCUGAAGUCUGCUCGCGCAUCAGUGGCUUCAACGAUUCCAUCAGAAAGUUUGUCUGUCAUGUUGUUGGAAUCACAUUCCAGACCAUCGAGAAACCGCUCUUGGCUAGACUGCUUGGAGACAUUGAUGACAAUACCCUGAGUGCAUGGAUCAAGAAGUACGGCUGGAAGGAGGUUGAAAACAACAUGGUCUUCAUUGCCAACCAAGAUGACAACAUCAAGACAAAAAAUAUCACUGAGAAAAUCAACUUUGAGGAUGUUUCUGCCAUCAUGGCCUCGUGCCGUUAAAUUUUGUGUACUUCGUUAAAAAUAUAAUUAUUAAGCACUCGGAGAGAGA